AUGGGCAAGAACGUCGCCGUCAAGCUUCCCGCCGCCAACGACCCCGUCUGGCGCAAAUACUACUCGGAAGAGAACGAGAAGCUUAAGAAGACUCACCCGGGCUCGACGGGCGCGUACCGUCGCCGCAUGAUCCAAAGCGCCUGGCGCAAGGAACACGCACCGGCCGAGGACGAGCCCGUCUCGUCGAAGAAUAAGUCGGCGCAGGGGAAGAAGGGUGGGAGGAAGUCGGUCUCGGACGAGUCGUCGGGAUCGGACUGA